AUGAUGAAGAGGGCGGAGAUCGAUACGAGGCAACCGUUCCGCUCAGUGAAGGAAGCUGUCGCAUUGUUCGGCGAACGAGUUCUUGCCGGGGAGGUCUAUGCCACCAAGCUUAAACAGUUGCAGGAUGAAGCAAGUGAAAAUGGGCAUGGCACAUCCAAAAUUGGAACUGUAACAGCUGAGCUAGAAGAGACAAAGCAGAACCUCCAGAAAGCUAAACAAGAAAGUGAGCUAAUGGAAACUUGCCUUUCUUCUCUGAAACAAGAGCUUGAUCGGACAAAGCGAGAGCUGCAGCAACUCAAGGAAAGGGAAUAUGACAAACACUUUAUAGAAUCCGAUGAGACUGAAGACGUUAAGAUUGUUGAGGACGAUCAUUCAACCAAAAUCGAAAACAAAAACAGCACACAAAGAAACAACGUAGCUGAUAUGAAUGAUGUUGGACUUGAAUUCCAAAAGAAGAGAUAUGUGACAUUUGCGCAUCCACCUUCUGUGGCAAAAGUAAUGAUUCCACAAGGUGGUGCUGGUGUUGAGAAACUGGAAAGGCAGUCAUCGCUUAAGAAGAAGAAAAAGAAGCCACUGAUUCCUCUAAUCGCAGGCAUCUUUUCGAAGAAGAAAGGAAGCGAUCCGGUAGCUUAUGCUUGA